AUGGAUGAAAAUUUACAACAAUCGUUUAUUUAUAAUAAUUCCGGCAUUGAAACUGAUGAAUCAUUUGAUUUUUCUACCGCAAUUCAACAAACUACGCAAAGUCAAGAAUCUUCAAUAACGUCUCAUAGAAAUAUGACCGGCAUGUCAAAUACAUCAUAUAACUUUGCUACUUUCGAUGUAGCAGCACAUACUAUGCAGUAUCAGCAGAUUUUACCGAGUUUAAAUUAUUUAAAGUUUUAUUAUUUUUUGCCAAGUGAUGUCAAUUUUUAUCUUGUAAUUUGUAAAAUCAUUUUACAAGAUUCUUUUAAUGAUCAUAGUAAUCAUUAUGAUCAUGAAUUUUUUUACCAGCAUCCAAGUAAUCCCUCUAUAGGAUAUCAUGUUACUUGUAAAUUACUUUCAUACCCAUUGGUAGAAAACAUUUUGAAUAAUGAAGUUUGUGGAAUGAAUUUUGAUACAAAACCAUUGUCUUUAGAUCAAAAAUUCAAUCUUGAACAAAACUUGAAACAAAAACUUUUCUAUCGAAUGAUCUGUGAUAGAAACACAAAUGAUGUUGGGAAUAAUGAAAUGAUAACACAAACCGUUUCAUCAAUGGCAGACAAUCAAAAUUAUAAUGAUAGUGAUUUUUCAAGCAAUGAACAUAUUACUCACCAAGAUACAAAUGGACUGCCAACAAGAAGAUUUCAAUAA